AUGUGCUUCGCUAAGGGAGUCCCACAUGACGCGGAUUCUCUCAGGGCCCAAAUGGUCAACCAUGUGAAUCAGUUCUGUGAUUUGCUGGAAAAGAAACCAGAAGAAGCACAGGUGGAGGCAGCCCAAGGAGAGAUGGAGGAGGCACUCAGCGAGGACAUCGUUGAAUACCUGGAAGAUCACAUUCAAGAGAACCUUCCAGAAUCCCAGCAGGAGUCCCGUGCCUUGCUUCUGGAAGCACGGCAAGAAGUACGCCGCAGAAUCCAGAGACCCUCGGUCUCUGCCUCCCUGGAGGUCCAGAAUCCGGAAGAGAGCAUCUGGGCCAGAGCCUGGCGGCGGUUCUUGGGCUUUCUGCAGAGCCUGCAGCAGCGGUGCUGGGAUGUGCUGACCUGGCUGCGGGAGAAGGCGGCGGCCAUCCUAGCGGCCAUCUGCAGAGUGGUGGAGGCCGUCUGGGGAUCGCUGAGUGGUAUCAGCUUCUCUGUGGGGCAGCUCUUCGGAAACCUCAUCCAGGUCUAG